GUGUGUGAUAAUAACAGGAGACACACAGAUACUGUAGAUGUCCUCAUACACAGCAGUGAUGCAGUGAUGGAUUCCUCUGUCUGUGGAGUUGUGCACUCUUCUGACAACUGAUGAUAAUCGAUUAUUGAUGACUACCAUCUUUAGUAAUGAUGAAGGUGUUUAUAGUCAUGUGACGCGAGUCGCGGAUUAUAGUCUCCCCAUUGGAUGGACUUUUCAUAUGCGGGGUUUAGACUGAUGAUGCUCAGAUUUCCCCCGUGUCCUCUCGUGCUCGCGCACUGUCUGCUGUCGUGUCUGUUCUCUCAGGCAGAGUUCCAGUCAUUUUGCUCACAGCAUGACAUGAACAGAGGAGGUGAAGGUCACCAGAUGUUGUGCCACCGUCGGCUGUACCCGCCCCUGCCUCCUCCUCCUCCUCCUCUUCCUCCGCCUCCUCCUCCCGCACUGCUCUCUAUGGCUCCGGAGGCUCCUGCUCCUCUGUUGAGCUCCUGGUGGACGGACAUCAUCGUGAUCGGGUCGACAGGGAGCGCUUUAACUGUCUUCCUGUUCCUGACUGUCUUCAUCUUCUACAAGGCCAUAAAGAGGUAUGUGUAUUGUGCUGAACAUUGCUCUUCUCAGAACUUAGAUUGCGUGGUUAAACAUUGUUGUUUUGUAUUUAGAUGUUUACAUGCACACUAAUAUGCUCAUAACCACCAAACAUC